UGCGCAAAUUAAUUAACAUUUUAUUUGGAUUAGUGAAAAAUGUGCGAAAGGCUUUUAUUAAGGCAUGGGAGGUAGUUUGUGGAGAGAGAUCGAGCAUGCCUGUCCUCAAUGUACCAAAAGGGAGGAAGUUCUUGCUCAAGCCCUUGCAAUUUGGAGGUCCAUGCAACUCACCGAACGUCCAUUUUCGGGUAUAAAAUUGUUAGAAUUAGAAUUUUAAUUAUUAAAAUUAAGAGUUUAACAUUUUAUCAAUAGAUUAUGUAACUAUUAACAUGAAUUAUAUAGCCUCUUCGAAUCCUAUAUUUAAUGCAACUGAAUCAAAACUUUGUAAAAAAUGUUGGUAAUGGAUUUCAGAUUGGAGGAAAAAUUAUUGCACCAAGGAAACUAUCAGAUUGGAGAGGCCAUGACAUUUCGAGGUGGCUUUCCUUUCGAAAUAUAAACGGACUUAUUGUUGAUGGAAAUGGCACAAUUGACGGUCGAGGUGUUAUUUGGUGGAAGUCUGCCAAAGAUGCGACUGGAAUACCUACGGUAAGUUGCAUCUUUCUUGCCUCCAUCUCAAAUCUACAUAUAAUCGCCCCAGAAACUAGUCAUAAUACUGAUGGCAUCGACAUUUCUUCUUCAUCCCAUGUUCAAAUUCGCAAUUGUUUUAUUGGAACAGGUGAUGAUUGCGUUGCAAUUAACUCAGGCUGCAGUAAUAUCAGCAUUUCUGGGGUGGUCUGUGGGCCAGGCCAUGAAGAAUUUCUUCUCAGUGUUGGAAGCCUAGGAAAGGGCGGGGCAGAUGCACAAGUGCAAGAUAUACGUGUAGAACACUGUAUUUUCAAUGGAACCCUAAAUGGAGCAAGGAUCAAAACGUGGCAGAAAUCGGCUGUUAACCUAAGCGGUAUUUCAUUCAUGGGGUUUCGUGGGACAUCCUUGAGCAACGACGCAAUCAAGCUAAGUUGCAGUAAGAGCGUUGGUUGCACCAACAUUUUAUUAGAUCACAUCAACAUAAAAUCAGCUGUUAGGGGCACGACUGUUUAUUCCUCUUGCAUCAAUGCUCAUGGCAGAUACAUGGAUUCAUUCCCCAAAGAUUGGAAUCACUCAUUCCGGCUGGUUUUAUGGUUGCUGAUUUUGAGAUCAAGCAGGGUAUUUUCUCAGCUUAUUAACGUCAUGGAUUAUGGAGCUGUUGGAGAUGGAAUGACAGAUGAUUCCCAAGCUUUUAUGAAGGCAUGGAUUGUAGUUUGUGGAGCGAGAUCGAGCAUGCCUGUCCUCAAUGUACCAACAGGGAGGAAGUUCUUGCUCAAGCCCUCCCAAUUUGGAGGUCCAUGCAACUCACCUAAUGUCCAUUUCCAGGUUGGAGGAACAAUUGUUGGUCCAAGUAAACUAUCAGAUUGGAGAGGCCAUGACAUUUCGAGAUGGCUUUCCUUUCGAAAUGUAAACGGACUAAUUGUUGAUGGAAAUGGUCUAAUUGACGGCCAAGGAGCUAUUUGGUGGAAGUCUGCUGAAGAAGGGAAACCAAGACCUCUGGCAUUGGGAUUUUCCUCGUGCAAUAAUCUUAAACUCAGUGGAUUAACACACAUCAACAGUCCUAGAAGCCAUAUCUCAAUAGAUUCAUGCACAAAUAUAACCAUCACAAAUCUUCACAUAAUCGCUCCAAAAACAAGCCCUAAUACUGAUGGCCUUGACAUCUCUUCUUCAUCCAAUGUUCAAAUUCAAGAUUGUUAUAUUGGAACAGGUGAUGAUUGUAUUGCAAUUAACUCGGGCUGCAAUAAUAUCAACAUUUCUGGCGUGGACUGUGGGCCAGGCCAUGGUAUAAGUGUUGGAAGCUUAGGAGAAGGCGGGGCAAUGGCGGAAGUGGAAGAUAUACGUGUAGAAAACUGUACUUUCAAUGGUACCCAAAAUGGAGCAAGGAUCAAAACAUGGCAGGAAUCGGCUGUUAAGCUAAGUGAUAUUUCAUUCAUGGGGUUUCGAGGAACAUCUUUGAGCGACGACGCAAUCAAUCUAAGUUGCAGUAAGAGCGUUGGUUGCACCAACAUUUUAUUAGAUCACAUCAACAUAACCUCAGCUGUUCCCGGCGAGAUUGUUUAUUCCUCUUGCAUCAAUGCUCAUGGCAGAUGCAUUGAUUCCAUCCCCAAAGUAGAUUGUUUGCUACCCUGAAACUGUUUUUUAUUAUAUUAUUGCUCAUCUGCUUUUAAGAUGGUUAGAAACGGAACAGUGAAUGUUGUUAUUGCUUUUCUUAUGGAUAUUAUAUUAGAUACCCAUUUUGUCCGAGAUCUUCUGAAUUAUUUUUUAAAUAAUUUAAGUUGAA